AAAGUACUGUAACCUGCUCCGAGUCCCGUAAGAAACGUAAUGAGCAAUGUCUUCAAAGCACAAAAAUGCUAAACGAAUCCAAGGAAUUGAUGGUAAUGUCUGGGUUCAAUUUACAGCGCUAGCUGCAGAUCCUGCUGUUGUAAACCUUGGUCAAGGUUUCCCAGAUAUAUCUCCUCCUUCCUAUGUAAAAGAAGGCCUAGCUCAGGCUGCAGCCAUUGACAGGUUGAAUCAGUACACGCGGGGCUUUGGUCAUCCACUACUUGUAGAAGCUUUGUCUCUGGUUUAUGGAAAUGUGUGUGGGCGCAAAAUAAACCCAAACAAUGAAAUUCUUGUGACAGUGGGUGCUUAUGGAUCCCUUUUUAGUGCAGUCCAAGGACUAAUUGAAGAAGGAGAUGAGGUGAUUAUAAUUGAACCAUUUUAUGACUGCUAUGACCCCAUGGUUAAAAUGGCUGGAGCCACGCCUGUGACCAUCCCACUGAGAUGUAAAUCCAGUGGCAAUGGAGUUAUGUCUAGUUCCGACUGGACUUUGGAUCCAGAUGAGCUGGCUAGUAAAUUUAGUCCCAGAACUAAGGCUAUUAUAUUAAAUACUCCAAAUAACCCUAUGGGCAAGGUAUACACUAAAGAAGAAUUGCAAGUAAUUGCUGAUCUCUGUAUAAAACAUGAAACUCUAUGCAUCAGUGAUGAGGUUUAUGAAUGGCUUGUGUACAAUGGAAAUAAGCAUGUGAAAAUAGCUACGUUGCCUGGCAUGUGGGAAAGGACCAUCACAAUUGGCAGUGCAGGGAAGGCAUUUAGUGUAACAGGAUGGAAGCUUGGUUGGUCCAUUGGUCCAGCACAUCUUAUUAGUCAUUUGCAGACAGUCCAGCAGAAUUGUGUGUACACCUGUCCGACUCCAUUGCAAGAAGCAUUGGCUCCUGCCCUUUUUAAAGACUUCAAAAGGAUGGAGGAACCAGACUGUUAUUUCAACUCACUUCCCCGGGAGCUGGAAGCUAAGAGAGAUCGGAUGGCUUGCUUGCUCCAGGAAGCCGGAAUAAAGCCAAUCAUUCCAGAAGGAGGCUAUUUUAUGGUUGCUGAUAUUUCAGUGUUAGAUGUGGAUCUUUCUGAUAUGAAAGAAGAUGAACCUUAUGAUUACAAGUUUGUGAAAUGGAUGAUUAAAAUGAAGAAACUGGCAGCCAUUCCAAUAACAGCAUUUUGUGGACCAGAAACUACAAAGCUGUUUGAGAAGUACAUACGGUUUUGUUUUAUUAAGCAAGAUAGCACUUUGGAUGCCGCAGAGGUGAUCUUGAAAAACUGGAAUAAGUGAAAAUGAAAUAAAUUCUUUUAAUCCAGCAUUACAUUGAAAGAAUCUCCUUAACAAUACAUUUAUCCAUAUGGGAUAUGCCAUAAUAUAUGAUGCCCCUUUUAACAAUCAAACACUUCUUACAGUUCUAUUUGAAAAGCAACAGAUGGAGACUAUUACUAAACUUUCUUUAGACUGUUACUAAAGAAAAUGUGGUUUCAGGUAACUUUUUUUUUGUAUCGUGUUAGCCCGUUGAGAAAGUUAUAGGGUAGAAUGUUUGAUAUGAAGCAUAACAAAAGUGGUGAAGGUGAUACCUUUAUUGGCUAACUAAGACGAUACACAGCAAGCUUUCAGAACAUUGCAGUUCCUUCUUCAAAGCUGAUUACAAAGAAGUAAUGUUGGCACUGACAUAUAUAUAUAUAUAUAUAUAUAUAUGUGUGUGAAAAACUAUUUGCCCCCUUCCUGAUUUCUUAUUCUUUUGCAUGUUUGUAACACAAAAUGUUUCUGAUCAUCAAACACAUUUAACUAUUAGUCAAAGAUAACACAAGUAAACACAAAAUGCAGUUUUUAAAUGAGGGUUUUUAUUAUUUAGGGAGAAAAGAAAUCCAAACCUGUGUGAAAAAGUAAUUGCCCCCUGAACCUAAUAACUGGUUGGGCCACCCUUAGCAGCAAUAACUGCAAUCAAGCGUUUGCGAUAACUUGCAACGAGUCUUUUACAGCGCUCUGGAGGAAUUUUGGCCCACUCAUCUUUGCAGAAUUGUUGUAAUUCUGAGGGUUUUCUAGCAUGAACCGCCUUUUUAAGGUCAUGCCACAACAUCUCAAUAGGAUUCAGGUCAGGACUUUGACUAGGCCACUCCAAAGUCUUCAUUUUGUUUUUCUUCAGCCAUUCAGAGGUGGAUUUGCUGGUGUGUUUUGGGUCAUUGUCCUGCUGCAGCACCCAAGAUCGCUUCAGCUUGAGUUGACGAACAGAUGGCCGGACAUUCUCCUUCAGGAUUUUUUGGUAGACAGUAGAAUUCAUGGUUCCAUCUAUCACAGCAAGUCUUCCAGGUCCUGAAGCAGCAAAACAACCCCAGACCAUCACACUACCACCACCAUAUUUUACUGUUGGUAUGAUGUUCUUUUUCUGAAAUGCUGUGUUACUUUUAUGCCAGAUGUAACGGGACGUGCACCUUCCAAAAAGUUAAACUUUUGUCUCGUCGGUCCACAAGGUAUUUUCCCAAAAGU